GUAGCUUUGACGAAGCAUAUUCAUUUUUCAGUGGUGUCAGUGGAGUGAAGACUACCUGUGAACAUGUCAAACACGGCACAAGACGCAAGUGGAGGAAGUGUUGCUAAAUGCAACCAAACAGCAACAGACAGGGCGAGGGCAUGCACGGAGAACCUAACAGAGACUGAUGCCUUCAUCAGAAGCUCUUUGGCUUUGGAUCCUGCAGAGGAAUACAAGAUGGACCACAAACAACGAGGCCUUGCCCUGAUCUUUAACCAGGAGCGCUUCUUCUGGCGCCUGGGGUUAAACGACAGGCAUGGAACCAACGCUGAUCGCUACAACCUGGAGAGAAGACUGAACGAUCUGAACUUCGAAGUGAGGGCUUAUGAUAACUACAAACAAGUGGAAGUCUACGAUAAGAUCAGUGAAGCCGCUGAGGAAAACCAUUCAGACGUAGACUGCUUUUUGCUUGUCUUCCUGAGCCAUGGUGAAAAUGAUCACGUUUACACCUUCGACGGAAAGAUCAGCAUUCAGGAUAUCACCGCCAUGUUCAAAGGAGACAAGUGCAAGAGCCUUGUGGGAAAGCCAAAGGUUUUCAUACUACAGGCAUGCCGUGGAGAUAAGCACGACGAUCCAGUGACGGCCUGCGACGCGGUGGACAGCGAGCUGAAGACCAACGAGGUGGUGGUAGACGCCAGCGCCGUGCACACACUGCCAGCCGGGGCAGAUUUCAUCAUGUGCUACUCCGUGGCUGAAGGAUACUAUUCCCACCGGGAGACCGUUAACGGCUCCUGGUAUGUCCAGGAUCUGUGUGAGCUGCUUCAAAGGUAUGGGAACACCCUGGAGUUCACAGAGUUACUCACGCUGGUCAACAGGAAGGUGUCCAUGAGGAGUGUUGGGAAUUCUAACGACCGGAGUGCCAUCGGGAAGAAGCAAGUACCCUGCUUUGCUUCAAUGCUCACCAAGAAACUCUACUUACGAUCGAAGCAGUAACGGUGUCAGACCUCAGUCUUACAAUUAGCUGAACUUAUUUUAAUACCUGGACAGAUUCUGGGAGAUUUUAAUUUUUGUUUCUGUUUUCUGUAAUCCUCCACUGUGAUUUGCUCAUGAACACUAUAAUCACACAUGCAUUGAACAAUCCGAUGCUUUAUAGUGACAUUAGUUAAAACAACGAAUGACAUGCACUGAACAUGUAUGCCUUUUCCAGCCUCAGGCCAUCACUACACUCUCAACACAACCUGACACGUGAAAUUGUUUCCUUCUUCUUGAGGAACCACCUUUCUUGGCAGGACCUGUAUCUGUUGUCAGAAGGGAAGAAAUCAUGUGACAGUAUCUGGUGUACUGAUUCAUCUGGUCCCAUCUGAAUCCUAUCACUAAUCUGGUUUCCUGUGUGAAUGUAAACACAGUUGAUAUUAUAACAGCCCUGCUGGUCACAAACAUUUAUAUUACCCAGAGUACUAUUAUCACAAUCAAUCAGAUUAUUGGGUAGUUAAUGCUUUAUCGUUAAUCUGCAAAAUAUUGUAAAUCAAUUAUAUCUAGUAUGUAUUUGCCACAACUGGCUGAGCCUAUAGGGAAUAAAGCAGAGCCACAUUUUAAACAGCAAAUGUCAUAUAUUGAAUAAGUGUGUAUUUGUAAGGCUAUAAUUGUCUUAAUGUAUCAUGAGAUGAGAUGCAUCAUAAUCUAAGUGGCUGCACACUCAAUUAAUUAUCUACGGGAAGACCUUCAUUCAUAUUUAAACAUAUUUGAAAAUAUCUACCAAGUAUUUGAUAACCACUUUGGCCCCAGGAGUCCAGCAUGAAGAUGAUUUCAUAUUCAAUAACAACUUAUGAUACCAUUUGUUUUUAACAGACUAUAGACCAUGAUGAAUUUUCUUGUUGUAUUGGAUGUGUUAUGUUUUUAAGGUGUUCUCGUUUUAUUUUCCAACCGCCUCAAGAUUAUGGACCACAUUCUCUGUUAGCUAGCUUUCUUACACUUUACAUGUUUGCUUUCUUGUUUAAACUACACAAAUGUUGCCUUAUCCAGCCGCUGACUUUGAAGUUUUAAAAGGGGGCAUAUCA